UGUUCACACACAACUACAACACAAACUACUAUAAUAUUAUAACUACCUUUGGAUACACAACUUGUACAAUCACUCCAGUAUUAUUCUUAUAGUAUUUACUUUUAUGUUACAGUCGAUUUACAUUGUACAAAAAACAAAAUAAUAAAUACUAGGUAUAUUGUAAUACUCUUUCGUGGGCCGUGGUGUCUCCUUUGAAUCGUCGAGACACCGAAAAAAAAAUGGCUGUGGCCGGAGAACCUUUGAACUUAGCAAAAGAUGUCAAACGUGCCAUCGAACUGUUGGAAAAGCUCCAGAAAACUGGAGAAGUGCCGGUAACCAAAUUAGCUGCGUUGCAAAAAGUAUUGCAGAGCGACUUCUUAGCAUCGGUGCGGGAAGUGUACGAACACGUUUAUGAAACUGUUGAUAUACAAGGAUCUCAGGAUGUACGUGCGUCAGCUACAGCUAAAGCAACCGUCGCCGCUUUUGCUGCUAGUGAAGGUCAUGCUCAUCCAAGAGUAGUGGAAUUGCCCAAAACAGAAGAAGGACUUGGAUUUAAUGUGAUGGGUGGCCGAGAACAAAAUUCUCCGAUCUAUAUAUCACGCAUUAUACCCAGUGGUGUAGCUGAUAGACACGGUGGUUUAAAGCGAGGGGAUCAACUUUUGUCAGUUAACGGAGUGUGUGUUGAAGGUGAAAAUCAUGAAAAAGCUGUAGAGUUACUAAAACAAGCCCAAGGAUCUGUUAAAUUAGUUGUCAGAUACACACCAAAAGUUUUGGAAGAAAUGGAAAUGCGAUUUGACAAGCAACGUGCUGCUCGAAGGAAGCAACUAAACCAAUAAUUAUAUAUUGUUGGUAUGAACAUUAGUCUACAUAACUAUGAAUAGUAUUUUAUCAACUUAAAUGGCAUACUUAUUUAGUUUAAAGGUUGUUAAAGUAUUCUUAUAAUAUGGUUAUCACUAAGUCUUAUCCUUACUCAUACAUUGAUGUCCUCUAUUCAAAGUAAAAUUGUGUUUUGUGUUUGAAAUAACAACCCUAAAUUAUAUACAAUAAUGUAGUAAUUUAAUUUAAUUAAUUAAUAAGUAACAACAAAUUGAUUUACUUAAACUAUAUGCUUAGGUUAAUCAACGUAGAAAUAACAAUAUGCCGACAAAUAAUUGUAGAUUUAAACCCACCAUUAAAAUAAUUUAUUGUAGGUAUCACACAUCAUAUAAAAGAACUACAUUUCUUAAAUUUGGUUAUUCUCUUCACAUCUAUAAGAACUUGUUAUUUGGUUUCAUUUCAUAAAUGUAAUUUUAAAUCAUACUAUUUACAUUUUAUUUGUAUAAUACACAUCUCAAUACACAUCAUAAUAUAAAAAUGUUAAGAUGUUUAAAGUUUUUAUUUAGGUAAAUGUUAAUUGUUUAAUAUUAUUUAUAAAAAUUCAAUCUUGUGUUUAUUAAACUAACACUGUUAUCCACUUUAGUAAAACCACCUUUCUUUUAGAUAACUUUUAUAAGUAUUAUUGAAUAUAAAUUAUAAUAUAAACAAUUAUUAUUCAUUGUGAUCAUGCCGAAGUUUUGAAAAUUACUUUUGCACCACCAUUAUUAAAAUGAAUUCAGUGAUCCAACAAGGUUCAUAUGACAUUCAAGUGUUGUUUAUAUUUUAUAAUUUUUUGUUAUUACUUAUUUUUUAUUGUGGAUAUUGCUUACACUAAGCAAAUACAUUUUGAGUUUAUUGAGUAUUUAUAAUAUUAUAGUUAUAUCUACAUGAAUACAUAGUUUUAUUAUUUAAUUAGUGUUUCUAAGAAUUUUUAUUUAUGGCUAUAAGCCUAAAACUAAUUUCAUCAACACUAUUAUAGAUAACUUAUAAUAUACUUUAUAGUUUAAGAUUAUCCCAUUUUUUUUUCAGUGUUAUAAUUUAUAAUAAUAUGAAGUAUGAUUCACACUAUAUAUUGUCAAAUAAUUACAGAUAAAAUCUGCAACUAUCAUUUAUUACUUAAUUAUUAUACUAAAUAAUAAAUAUUAUGGUUAAUCAUUAUUCAUUACCUGCUUACAAAUUGUAAUUAAAUAAAUAUAUUAUAAUUAAUUACAAUGUAUAGAAACAA